AGAUAUGGCUGCUGCAUUGUCUCACUUCCGCUGCCCACAGGAAGAGGAAACUCUGUCUUCUUAAAAUUCAAGAUGGUGAUUUUCCUGUUGUCUAUUGCCAACAAAAAACCCAAACAAUUUUGACCUAACCUUACUUCAACAUCAAAACAAACAUCAGAAUGAAAAUUUUUCUAUUUAUUUCAGGAGAUGAUAAGAUUUGGUGGGGUCGUAGAAGACGGCCAAAAUACACAAAGAGCAAAAUAUAUACUUUCGACUACAGCCCAAGGCAGCAACACAAUUACGUUAUCUGGGAAUGAACUAGCAGAAUUGAUACCUAUAAAAUUUGAAGGAAAAUUAGUGGCCAAACAUUCUUUACCUGUGAAUGAACUGGGUAAACAGUUACUAAAAGCUGCAGGUGAAGGAAACAUUGAUAGAGUGAAACAGCUAUUAACCAAAGGAGCUCCGUUCACAGCAGAUUGGUUGGGUACCAGUCCACUUCAUUUAUCAGCCCAAAAUAACCAUCUAGAAAUAACUGAAAUUUUACUUAGAGCAGGAAUAUCAAAAGAUGCGAGAACUAAAGUCGAUAGAACCCCUUUACACAUGGCAGCCUAUGAGGGCCAUGUGGAUAUUAUUGCUGCAUUAGUCACACAUGGAGCUGAUAUAAAUUGUAGAGAUUUGUUGGGCAUGACUCCUCUUCAUUGGGCGGUCCAGAAUGGCCAUGACGAAGCAGUGGUACAUCUAGUCGGUAACGGAGCUAUGGUGGAUGUAAAUAGUAAAUUUGAUAUAACACCAAUGAUAAUAGCUCAACAAACUUGUAGACGUGACAUUGAGCAAUUCUUAAUUGAGGCUCUUAAUAAAUCUGCAUUAGCUUCUGAAAACUUGAUGGUACAGCUUAAUGAAAAUAGACCCGAAGAAUACUUUGAAGAGGACAUGGACAUAGAAGAAAAUUCUGUUGGUCAUGAAAUGACAUCAGUGUACACUGUACUUAAACAAGAACCAGAAGAAUAUGAAGAAGACAAUCAGGAUAUAGAGGUUAUUGAAUCUAGUGAAGAUGUUCCAGUGCCGGACGAGGAGGAAGAACAAGAAACGGAACAAGACAGGAUAGAAAAAGAAAAUGAACAGCUUAUUCAAAACGUCACAGUGGAUCCGAGUAUACUGAACAGCUCCCUUAAAAUACUGGAAGAACAUGGUAUCACUAUGUUAAAUGAUGAAAACGAUGAUGGAAACAUCCUAAAUAGUGUAAUGGAAAGCGGACACUCGGUGGUUUUGACUGAAGUUGGAAAAGAAGUGCUAAAUUCAGUGAAACAGUCGGAAAUGAAGAAGCAAUCCCCGGUACUACAACUAGAAAAGAAAAUAGUAACUGUUACCCCCGAACAAUUUUUAUCCAUGGCCAAUAAUACUAAGAUAGGUGGUUUACAAAAUUUGAAAGUGAUACCUACUGGAGGACCAUUUAAAAGAGUAAUGAUGAAGAAGAAUAAGUUGAUACCGAUAAAUACAUCAACAAUCUCUGGAGGAAUGAUUCAGAUAACAAAUGGAAACAAAGAAAUACCCGUACCAAACAGAACCAUAGAAAACCCGGCUAAGCAACUGGAAAUAGUCUCUAGGCAAUUGGCGGAAGCUAGAAAAACCAUCGAAGAAUACAAAAUCAAGUUAAGACGAAAGGAACAAGAAGCGGAGCGGUAUAAACUACAACUUAAAUUGAUAAUGGAUAACAGAUAAUUUCAACUGGUUUUAAUAAGUAUUAUUUUGAGAUGUUUCGUCUCCAGUUGAUUGGUGAUUCUUAAGUGAAGUCGUUUAAAGGCUGAUUUAUGUUAGGACGGGAUUGUGCCGUAGAACAAUAGAAAGCGCACGUCGCAGCACGUCCUUGGAGUAGCCCCGUUCCGUUGUAUGAUAAAUUAGCCAAUGCUUUUCAUAUGAGACGAUUCUUCAAUGUGCCCUGGAAGACAGCCGUGUCGUCCACCUCCUAACAUAAAUCCAGCCUUAUAGGCUGAGGAAUAGAACGGGCUGGCGGACUGAUAAUUUGUUAAACGAAGUUGAAUUUGAAAUAGUUGAGAACUGGGUGAAACAUUCGAUUGAACACUCUCUUUUUUAUAGUUCCACAAAAUGUAUUAUUGAGACGACUAUUUUGGUGAUGAUAUUUUUUCUCAACUAAGUUACAUCAAAAAUUAUAUUAAAAAAAUGAAAAUACAACAAAUACAGUUGAGUCCAGGAUUCUUUACCCGUGCGUCAUUAAUACCUGGCGAGAUAAAACACAUACUUUUUAUCUAGUAUCAUUCUCUUCCACGCAUGAAACUAAAGACAAACCAGCUACCGCCUGUUAUUAAGUAAAAACAUGUUAUUUUUAUGAACGCUCUAGACUCACUACAUCGAAAAGAGAUAGGUACAAAAAGGAAGCUUCGGGGCAUUUUCAGAUUUUAAGUAUAACUUGUGACGUUUCUUGUUUGUUUACUUACUUGUCACUGUCAGUAUAUUGGAUUUUUGCUGUUUUUUGUCGUGUUUUUGCAUUUAGAAGUUAUGUAUUCCUAUGCUCUGUAUUUUCUCUCUGUUAUGAGAUUGAUAUAUCGUGGGUAUACUGCAAAAACUGACCAAGUCAAUUUUUAUCGAUUUUUAGUUUAUGUGACCAAGUCACUCCAAAGAACUAACCGAAUACCUGAACAAAUUCCCAAGGCAAAAUUAUAAGGUUUGAUGCCGCAACACACAUAACAUACAAAUGUCUAUGUCUGGGUAUGCGUAUCAACGGACUGGAAGAAAUGAACAUGUUGAUUUGGUCACUUUUGCAUGAAAUAUUAUUCAUAUUUUAUUCAUGUCAACAUUGAACUGCGACAAUUGGAUAUUAUGACUUGGUCACUUUUCUAUGUUUUAGUUUUAUCUAUACGUUGUAUGUUUAUUUGUUGAACGAUCACGUGUUCAACAAUUUAAAUAUUGUGCAACAUAAUUUUUUAGAAUCUGGGCAUUCUUACAUGGAAGUAGAUUACAUGCACAGUGCCAUAGAAAAUGCUAAAAAAAAUGUUCCAGUAUACACUAUGCAUGAUUAGUUACACAUUUUUAGACUGGCCGAAACAAAAAAAGUGAUGCAUAUAACGUACAGGAAUUAAGGUAUAAUGCUUUUCUUGAUAUAAAUACUCUAGCUGCUAAUGUAGGUACUCUUAAAAAUAGAACCAUUGACGAAAACUGAAAUCGUGUUAAUUGGCUAAAAAUUAUAUGUAUGUGAUAUGAAGAAGACAAACCGCAAUAUAUUUUUUAAAUACAACUAUAGUGAUCCAGACUUUCUUAUGUUCAAUGUAAUUGGGCGUAACAAACGAGUUAUAAAUCUUAUAAAAGAAAUUCAACUACUAUUUUACUCCAAAGAAAUUCCUAUUUCUAAACUUAAAAAGCAGGAUCUUCUAAAAUUGUGUAGACAGGAACAACUCCUUCUGAUUUCCAUGCUUAGCUAUCAGUCAAUACCAUCAGAGUGGGAAGAUGUUGCUCCAGAGCCAUCAGUAUUGUCCGAUUCGGAUUCAGAUUAGCUCUACUUCUCCUAUAUUCGGAUUCAGAUUAAUUCUAGUAGAGAAACGUUUACAUUGUUGUUAUCAUUUUCCAAUUUAAAAAAUAAAGUAAAUGUUUUUAUUUGAAACUUCAGCCUGACACUGUAUAGACAAGGCGGAAACGGCGGGUUCGUUGGGAAAAUAUUCCCAUGAGAUAUUUUUGCAUAAUCACAUUCGUGAGACAUCCCAGAAUAAGGUUCAAGAAGUCGCCCACGUGAAAAGUGGGCCAAUUUUUUUUUAACAAUUUUUUUUAAUCAAAUUGCAAAAAUUAAUAUUUCUGGCCCGGACUAUUUUUUUUUUAGGUUUUUUGGACCAUUCUGGACAAAAAAGCUCUUUUAUAAUUUUUCUCUAAAGUUGAUCUUUUUCGAGUUAUAAGCAAUUUAAAAUUUGAAAAACGCGAAAAUGGCCAUUUUUAAGACUUAAUAACUCGGUUAAAAAUUAUUAUUAUGAAAGUCGGAAAGUGACUAAAUCAAAGUUUAAAGUCGCCGCUACAUGAUCCUGAAGAAAUCUGUGUCAUUAAUUUACUACUAAGCUGUUAUUUUUAAUUAAAAACAAUGAGCGGUUAGAUCGUAUUGACGCCGCUGUAAAUGUGAGUGCGAGUGAGAUGCACAAUUGGACUGCUGAAAUGGCUUCUCUCUCGCACUCAGAAUUUACAGCGGCCGCACACGUGCAUGGCGCUUAUUAUUAUUACUUAAAAAUAACAGCUUAGUAAUAAAAUAAUGGCAAAAAUUUCUUCAGGAUCUUGUAGUGGGGGCUUUAAACUUUGAUUUAGUCAUAUAUUGACUUUCAUAAUAAUAACUUUUAACCGAGUUAUUAAGCCUUGAAAAUCGCCAUUUUUCGUUUUUUUCAAUUUUAAAUUGCUUAUAAGUCGAAAACGAUCAACUUUAGAGAAAAAUUAUAAGAGACCUUUUUUGUCCAGAAUGGUCCAAAAAAUUAAAGAAAAAAUUGUUCGGGCCAAAAAUAUUGAUUAUUGCAAUUUGAUUAAAAAAAAAUUGGCCCACUUUUCACGUGGGCGACUUCUUGAACCUUAUUCUGGGAUAUCUCACGAAUGAGAUUAUGCAAAAAAAUCUCAUGGGAAUAUUUUUCCCUUUGAACCCGCCGUUUUCGCCUUGUCUAGUAAAUAAAUAAAAUUAGAAGUAUUUUCUUUGUGAUUUAUUAUUGAUAAAUGAUCAUCUUUUUGUGACCAUGAUUUAAAUUUGAGCAAAUUUCUACAUCAAAAAGUGACCAAGUCAAUUUUUUUUCGAAAAACAAAAAGGUUAAUGCGAUUUUUAGAGCUACUUAGAAUCACUAACUUCAACCAUUUAAUACCUGGAAAGAAAAAAUACAUAUCCUUUUAAAAUGAUUUAAAAAAAAUUCAAAUAAAAUGACAGAAUAUUCAACAUCAAUUAUCUCGAAAGCACGAUAUUUGACUUGGUCAGUUUUUGCAGUAUGCCCACGAUAUAUUCUUAUUUCGAUUAAUUAAUUAUUUUAAUAAUUACUUAUGGAAACAAAACCAAUAUUAAAUAAAACUUUCCUAUAAAAUUUAUUCUCAGGGCUAAAUUACAUUAAUGUAUUAACUUUAGUUUGUGGCUUCUAGUAUCUCUAGUUGCUUACUUCAUCCAGGACAUCCAGACAAAAUAAAUAUACUCAAUUCUAUAAAUAUUAUUUAUUUAUCCAAUAUACCAUAAAUAUAAGAUUUAAAUGUAUGCUAAAACUCAAUUUUGUUGCAACUAUUUCUUAUCUAAUAAAUUAAUCUUUAAUUCUGCUAUCUCCUUUUUUUAACAAAAUUUUCAUUUAAAUAAUUCGUUAGACCAGCGGUUCUCAACCUUUUUGAGUGAUGUACCACUUACAGUUAUUUUAAUUAUUUUUGGUACCACCUAUAUUUUUAAAUUGUAUUAUCAAUACUUACUAAGUACUACUAUUUUAAUUUUUUCUGUGUUUUGUGUACCACUGCCGUGCAAUAAUGAUAUGUACCACCAGUGGUACAUGUACCACAGAUUGAGAACCUCUGCGUUAGACUGUUCUUACUAAUAUAUAAAAAAAAAACAAAAUUUACUUUUCACCUUUUGAAUAGAUUACUUAUUUCUUCUUUGAAUUCAUGAAUGACUAAAUAAUGCUGUAGAACUGUUCAAUAAAAAUUAAACAAAUAUGGUAUGUGAUAUAAAACAACUCUCUCCUUUUCACAAAUAAUCUACUAACCUUUUUUUCUCUUCUUUACUUCUUCUCUUGGAUUGUAUAGCCCUCGUUUCUCCCACACGUGCUCCUCGGAUGCUGUGACGAUCCUUCUCGUCCAAACUGCUUCACAAACAAACAAUAACACUCGCUCGAAAUCUCUCCUCAGUUUUCUCUCUGCUCGAUAUCUUGUGCAAAUUGAUACCAACCGGCUACUCGUUCCAGACAGAAACAGGAAUCUCUUCGGACACGAGAAGAUUGCACUUCUCAACUCGAUCAACGAUUUCGUUUCAACACGCUUCUGCUUAUACGGACACCAACUUCACCACUUUACACAGACUUCUUACUUUUCAAAAACUGGACUGCUCUCGUCAGAUCUUCAUUACACAGUACCACUUUUUUUCUCCUCAACUCAUGACUCCAACACUCUAUUCUCCCUCCUCCGUCUCUCUCGCCAAUCACAAAACAUCUUUUCUACACAUUACAUCCCUACUUUCAUUUCUUAAGAACAAAUUAUUUUUGUAUAAAACUUUUCCGUUUCGUCAAAUUCCAGGAGAUACCAAAAUUACUUUUGUGUUUCUACAUGCUAUAAAAACCCGAUAUUCUAAAACUCAACAAUUGUGUUUACCGUCUUUCCUUCUAAGAAGCAUUUAUAAACGUCCUAUUGUUCACUUUAAAGCGAAUAUAUGUACUUUCUAAUCCGACCGUAUUAAUUGUACAGUGCGGUGGAAUAAGUGUUGCCCCCCCCCUGUUAACUUGUUUAUUUUAAGAAUAUAAGCAAAACGCUCGGACAGGUCGAUUUUUAAACUAACCAUAGUAUAUUAUAGCAUCAACGUUUCGAACUUUACGCGAUCCCUCUUCAGGUGACAGGUAUAACUUUGAUUUUUUAAAAUGGUAAGGUACAUCAUGUGAAACCUCAUUUAACAGAUUUUGAAAUACUGAUUUCAAAAAUGUAUAAUACUUUAAUCUUUUUUGAGAUCGUACGCGCAAAAUUUCGGUCGAACUCUUUUUAAACGCAUUUAUUUUUUUUUUCGAAUUCUGAGGAAACUAAUAAUUAUUUUUGAAAAAUUUAAACGCAGAAUGAAAGAUUAGAUUAUUACCGAGGGCUGACAGUCCCUUAGAAUAAACAAAAAGUUUCUUUUGAAUGAUAUAUUUGAAAUUAAAAAUCACACUUAAUUUUCUCUUUUUUUCACCACUGUGACUUAUUAAAAUAAACAUUAUAGGAGUUCUCAGGGACUUUGGACCAUCGAGAAUACUGUAAUAUUUCAUUCUGCGUUUAAAUUUUUCAAAAAUAUUCAUUAGUUUUUUAAGGAUUUGAAAAAAAUGAUUGCAUUUAGAAAGAAUUCGACCGAAAUUUUACGCCUACGCUCUCAAACAGGAUUAAAGUAUUAUACAUUUUUGAAAUCAGCAUUUUAAGAGCUUUUAAAUGAGGUGUCACAUGAUGUAUUUUCCUAUUUAAAAAAAUCAAAGUUAUGGCUGUCACCUGAAGAGGAAUCCCGUAAAGUUCGAAACGUUAAUGCUAUAAUAUACUAUGGUUAGUUUAAAAAUCGACCUGUCCGAGCGUUUUGCUUAUAUUCUUAAAAUAAACAAGUUAACAGGGGGGGCAACACUUAUUCCACCGCACUGUAUAAGUCCGUUCAUAGAAUCAUUAAUACUGAACGAUUUUCACUUUCCACGAAACACUACUUAUGACUAAUUUAUACUAUUUUUUUGGCCAUAUACAGGCCGGUAAAAAUCUAUGAUCUCGUGGUCUUUGGCAUAAAUUAAUUUUCUAAAUUUUUCCCAUAAAAAUUAUAUGACAGUAUACUACACAAACAGUUAUUUUCACAACUAAUUUUAUAUUGAAGUUUGAAAUUGUAUGGUAAGUGAAUUUUAAUUUGCCAUUAAUUUACAUACAAAGUUUGCCUCAUUCACAGUUAAGGAAUGGUUUUGUUUAAGUUUCCGCAAAAGUUAAACAAAUAACAAAAAGAAAAUAUUUUAUUGUCAAGUAUUUAUAUUAUAACAAAUAUUUAACAUCACUAUAAUGAUAUUAAAAGAAUUUAUUAAGCUACUUCAAACGUUGCUGUAAUUCUGCACUAAAAUUUUAAAGCAAAACUAAAAUUUUACAUUCUAUUUAUUUGUUGUCUAUGUAUUCGCGACGGGACCAGAAGAAAUACCGAAUGAAAUAAUAAAGCUCUUCGAAAAUUCAGGUAAAAGAUCUCUCCAUCUUUUUAAUAAAGUUUAUCAAACUGGCUAUAUACCAACGGAUUGGCUGCUGUCGACUUUUGUGACGAUACCUAAAAAAGCAAACGCGAAAAGAUGUAGUGACUACCGAACCAUUAGCUUGAUGAGUCAUGUUUUAAAGAUAUUUCUACGAAUUUUGCACUCUAGGAUGUACCAAAAAAUAGAAGAACAGCUUGGUGAUACACAGUUUGGAUUCCGCAAUAACCUUGGGACCAGAGAAGCACUGUUUAGUAUUCAGGUUAUGGUACAGAGAUGUCGGACAUCCGGUUUAUAUGUGUUUCAUUGACUUUGAGAAGGCCUUUGAUCGGGUAAAACAUACGGAAAUGAUUGCUAUUCUUCAAAAAGUGGGUAUUGAUGAUAAAGACCUACGCAUUAUCAAAAAUCUUUACUGGCAUCAACGUGCAAACAUCAGGAUUGGCUGGGACACGUCUGAAGAACUUCAAAUACGAAGAGCAGUAAGGCAGGGCUGCAUUUUGUCCCCACUAAUAUUUAACAUCUAUUCUGAGUUUGUUUUCAAUAAAGCAGUGGAUAAUGCUCAAUGUGGUAUCAAAAUGAAUGGCGUCAAUAUUAAUAAUUUGAGAUAUGCGGAUGACACGUGUUAAUUGCGAGCAAUUAUGAAGAACUUCAACAUCUGAUUAAUAGGAUUACCACAACGUGUGAUGAAUAUGGACUCAAGCUAAACACUGCAAAGACCAAGGUGAUGGUUGUCAGUAUGACGCCAAUACAACCGGAAGUAGUAACAGCUUAUGGUGAACAAUUAGAGAGAACUAACAGUAUCACCUACCUUGGUUGUAAUCUAAAUGAGAACUGGGACAUGAGCAAAGAAAUUAGAAUACGUAUAGAGAAGGCCAGAGCUGCAUUCUUUAAGAUAAAGAAACUUUUAUGUGGAAACAACAUUACUUUGAAUCUUAAAAUUAGAUUAGUGAGAUGUUAUGUGUUCUCUACUCUUUUGUACGGUGUCGAAGGUUGGACUUUAACAGAUACUCUUCUCAAGAAAUUGGAAGCCUUUGAAAUUUGGGUAUACCGAAGAAUCCUACGAAUAAGUUGGGUGGAUAGAGUUCGUAACGAAGUUGUUUUGCACCGGAUGGGAAAAGUUACAGAAGUCGUCAGAACAGUUAAAAAUCGAAAACUUGAAUAUUUUGGCCAUGUUAUGCGACACCCAGAGAGAUAUAAUAUACUCCAUUUAAUAAUACAAGGCAAGGUAGACGGAAGAAGAGGGCCAGGUCGAAGAAGAACGUCAUGGCUUAAAAACCUGAGAGAAUGGUAUAACAGAUCCUCUGCAUCCCUUUUCCGAGCUGCCGUUAACAAAAUUACUAUAGCCAAUUUGAUAGCCAACGUUCGAUAAUCGAGCACGGCACAUGAAGAAGAAGAUUUAUUUGUUAACGUCAAAUUUUGUAAUUUAAUCCGCGAUCGGAGCAGUAGCCACUUUCUGUCACUUUAUGCUGUUGCGUUUAGUAAAUUUCCGACUUAUUUCGUAUGCUUUAAAUGAUGAAGCACGGGUAAAGAAUCAUGGAUUCAACUGUACAUCUUGUAACAUCUUAAUAUUGAAAAGUGUAUAGUUCGAGAGCUAUAAAGACUAAAGAUUGACGUUGUGAAUAUAUACAGGGUGGUGCAUUAGUGCGAGGAAGACCAAUUGCUCAUUGUCGUAAGAGAUACGAAAAACAUUGUUAAGGUUAAAGUUGGGGCAUACAUAGGAUCAUAAUUUAACAAUGUUUUUGAAUAUACAGAGCUGCCAAUAUUAAUAGGACGGAACAAAGUUAUUUUUUUACGGAAUUACCUAAAAAAUAUUUUCGAUUUAAUAUUUUCAUGGCCAAAACUCACAAAUUAAAGCAAUUAGGUAUAGGGAAUGUUUAAGAAAUAAUAGAGUACCAUAAAAUAGUAUUUUAUUAAAAUAAUAAAAUACAGGGUAUUCAUAGUGAAAUUAAUAAAAAAAUGUAAUUAUCUUUUAAACUGCCUCGUAUAACAUUGCAAAAACUUAUAUUAAAAAAACGAGAACAUCGAGGAGAGUUCAAAAAUGUAAAAAUAUACAGGGUGUUUCAUUAAAAAAAGAUAAGUUUGUUCCACCGUAUCAGUAUGGUUGGCCCUGUAUUUUUGAAAAUAUCUUUAAAAGAUGGUCCUAUCUAUGCCCCAACUUUUAUCUUAACAAUUUUUUCGGACAUCUUCCAAAAUUGUUUUCAAAACAUGUGUCUCGAUGAGUCGAAAUAUGAAACAAAUUUAUUAUUUUAUUUGUUGAAAUUGUUAUAUUUACAAGUUGUGUAUUUACAAAAAUAAGCAUAUUUUGUUGAAACAAAAUCAUUUGUUACUGCUAUUUUUCAAAAAAAUUGUUGCAGUAUGUGCAAUUGGCGAGAAUCAGAAUAUAGAUAAAUAUGUGAUGUUAUAAUUUAUUCACAGUUUUCUUUUCCAGUAGAGCGGUAUAUUUUCCAAGGACUUUCAGAAGAAAACCUUGCCAUUUAACACGUUCGGUGCCCAUAUUGAACAAGCGCCACUUGUCUGGUGUACCACGUACUUAUAUCGUUCAUUUAGUAACACAGUACUACUGACGCCACUUAUGCGUCAUUGGUACCUUUGAUAAAACCAUCGCGACGCUACUCGUGCGUCAUGGGCACCUAACGUGUUAACAAUAAAACAAUAUCAAAAAGGGUGACUAUAUUAUCUGUGUUCUCUGAAUUUAAGUGUACACCUGCGUUUGCCUGAUGAUAGGCAAUAACCUUGAAAUCUCGAAAUCAUGCUGUUGUUCACAAAUUCAAAUACAGAAACUGACAACUUCUUAUGCUCCUGAGGCAUGUACAGGCUUCACACACAAAACAAAACGGGGCUUAGCAAUUCAGUCAGUAAUGACUGACUUUCUUAGUUGCAACAUAACUCAUCGAGUAUCCUCUUCCAGCACCAUUACUUAGCCGUUUCAAACACUGUUAUUUGAUCUAUUAAAUGCGUAUAUGGCGUAACCGAUCACAAAAAUUAAGUUACUGUGUUUAUCAAAUGCCAUAAGGGUGUAUUACUUUCGAAUUUAGAAACCUUAUUUAAGUAAUUAUGACGAACGAAGUGGUGUUGCACAGAAUGGGCAGAGAUGGAGAACUUUUGAGCACCAUUAAAAGGCGAAAGACAGCAUAUUUGGGACACAUCAUCAUCCAGCCCUUUGCGUCCACUGCUGGACAUAGGCCUCUCUCAUUUUUGUCCAUUGUGCUCUAUUUUGAGCACUUUGCAUCCAAUUUCUUGACAUUUUCUUGAGAUCGUCAGUCCAACGAGUAGGUGGUCUUCCUCUACUUCUUUUGUCUAACUCGGCCUCCACUCAAGUAAUCUCUUCGUCCAUCUCCCAUCACUGAUUCGGGCGACGUGUCCGGCACAGUUCCAUUUCAGGGUGGCAAUUCGGGAAAUUACAUCGGUAACUCCUGUUCUUCGUCUUAAGUCUUCAUUUCUAACUCGGUCACGAAGCGAAAUACUCAGCAUUGACCUUUUCAUUUUUCUCUGGGCUAUUUGCAGCAUUUUAGAAGUUGUAGUUGUCAAUGUCAAAGUUUCGGCACCAUAAGUCAUCACAGGCAACACACAUUGGUCAAAUGUUUUACGUUUUAAAGAAAUUGGUAUAUCGCUUUUAAAGAUGUCUUUGAGUUUUCCAUAGCCUGCCCAUGCUAGGUUUAUUCUUCUUCGUAGUUCGCAUGUUUGGUUGUCUCUUGUGAUCUUUAUUUUGUGUCCAAGGUAUAUGUAUUUUUCCACUAGCUCUACUUCGUUGUCUCCAAUAUUGAUAGUUCCGCUAGGUACUAGGUUUGUUUUGAAUUUUGUUUUGGAGAUGUUUAUUUUAAGACCUACACUGGUACACACUAACUGAAGUUCAUGUAGAAUUGUACAUAUCUCCUUGAGGUUGUCAGAGAAUAAAAUCUUCUACAGUCAAUAUUCAGGCCUCGCUCUUCCCAGUUAAAUUUUUUACACGCAUAUUCUAGUACUGCGGUAAACAGUUUAGGCGAUAAGGUAUCGCCCUGUCGGACUCCUCUGCCGAUUGGGAUAUGGUCCGUAGUUUCACCGACAUAGUUGCGCUCUUGUAUGUAUUGUAAAUGAACCUUUUGUAUCGGUAGUCAAUGCGGCUUGCUUGUAGUGCUUCCAGAAUUUUGUCAAAUUCGACCGUGUCAAAGGCUUUAUGGAAAUCUACAAAAGCCAAAACGAGUGGUCGAUUAUAUUCGAUAGUCUUUUCUAUUACCGUUUUAAUGCUCUGUAGGUGAUCAUUUGUUCCAAAUCCGGUACGAAAUCCGCUUGCUCCAUUGGCUGGUAGAAAUCAAGUUUUUUCUCAAGGCGAUUCGUUACUAUUCUUGUAAGGAGUUUGUAUAAGUGACUAAGAAGGCUUAUAGGUCUGUAAUUUUCUAAUUCAUGGGGAUCUCCUUUUUUGUACAAUAGAAUUACUUCAGCAUUGUGCAUUUGUCGGGUAUAUUACUAUCUAAAAGACACAUGUUAAAAAGGUUUUUAUUUUCUUAAGAAGACAAGUGCCUUUGAUUUUGAUUGCAUCAGUAACUAAAUAAUCUUCGCCUGAAGACUUGUUAUUCUUAGCUUCUCUUGGGGCUAGUUUUAUUUCGUCUAUUUUGAUUUCCGGUAGCAAUUCUGAUCCUUGGUUCUGGUACUUGAUCUUCUUUGCUAUUUUCUUUGUGUUGGCUUGUGUACAGCAAUUUGUAGAAGUCUACAACUAUUUUAAAGGUUUCCUCUCUGUUGGUUGUAAGAUGACCAUUUCUAUCUUUAAUCUUUAUUAUCUGCCUUGUCCCCGUUCUUAGUCUUCUUCUCAAUACUUUCAUACUUCUAUUGUUAUCGAUGGUAUGUUCGAUUUGUUCUUGGUUGUAUUUUCGAGUGUCUUAUGUAAUAGCUUUGGAUAUUUUUUUAUUUAAUUUUUGUAGUUCGUUAGCGUUAGUUUCCGUGUCGCUUGUCAUUUCUCUUCUUUUCUGUAUUAGUUGCCUGGUAUUUUGGCUGAUCUUCUCUUCUUUUUGAGUUCUAGGGCAGAAUUUGUUUUGACUUUUCAGUAAGGCAUUUGUUAAUUUAUUAUUUAAGUCGUUUAUAUUACUUUCUGCUUCAGGACUGCUAAGUAUGUCUGAAAUACAUUGCUGAAAACUAUCUACAUCUGAUGGUUUCAUCCAUGGUUUUGAUUUGUUCUUUCUAAUCAUCUUAUACCUCUCCUUUUUUAAGCUUAUUUCUAUUUUACCUCGUACCAUUCUAUGAUCGCUACUGGCAACAAAUCUGUUUAGAACCGUAAUGUUUUUAACUGUAUCUUUUUUGUCAGUGAUAAUAAAAUGUAUUUCGUUUUGAGUUUUUCCAUCAGGACUUUGCCAUGUCCAUCUUUUUCUGUGGUUCCUUUUUGAAAAACUGUUCAUUUGGAAUAGUUCGUGUUGAAGCAUGAACCUUAACAGUGUUUCGCCACGUUCAUUUCUACCAUCCAAGCCAAGUUUCCCACUCGAGUUUCUGUAGGGUUGGAUCUCAUUCCUAUUUUGGCGUUAAAAUCACCACAUAUAAAAGUAAAAUGUCAUUGAUUGUCUUUAAGAGCAGCUUUGAUAUCAUAGAAUAUAUCCACUUCUUCAUCAUGGCCUGUUGUUGGGGCAUAAACCUGUAUUAUUUUCAUAUUAUACCUUGUAUUCAAUUUAAAAGUAAGACAAAUCACUCUUGUUGAAAAUUUUUUUUUAGUGAUACUAUACUUGUUUGAAGACACAUAAAAUCGGAAAAAUGAAAGAAUACCCAUGAAGAUCACAUCAAUCACUUAUUUUGUAUUUGCUGUCUUUUUCUAUAACAAACGUUUGUUAUUUACUUAGAAAUGAUAAGAGUUGUUGCAGUUGAUUAUGAUGAGUAAUCUCGAAGGAAAAAUGGGUCUUGGUAGACGAUAAAUAUCCUCGCUGAAAAACAUUCGCGACUGGCCCGUGUUAAAAACACAGACGCUUUUAAGAAAAGCUGAAGAUAUAGACGAAUUUGCAAUGGUUAUAUUAUAGCCAAACUUCAUUACUGGAGUCGGCACUAGAAAAAGAUUUAAGUAAUGUCAUACUUCAUUUUCCUGGAGAAGAAAACGUACUAAUAAACCAUAGAUAAAAAUCAGAAGACAUAACAAGUAAUCUUAUAAUUUUUCGAAAUAUUUUUAGGGCAGACUUGAAAAAAAAUAAGGAAAUAAGUAUGCUAAUCUCCUUCUCAGAGGCAUCUUUCAGUGCGUCACAAGUGACAGAAAAAAAGGUAGGUCCGUGAUACAUACACAUUUAUAAUAUUUAUUCCAGUUGUUGAUAGAUGGCGCUAUAAUCGGAAAAAAUAUUUACCCAUUAUAAUUUAAAGUUCUUCUCAGUCUUUCAGUGUGUCAUUAAUUAUGUAAUAUAUGAUUUUAGGAAUUUAUAGAAUCAUAGCAUGGCAUUUUAGUUAAAUCUGACAGUUGUCAGAAUCGUAAUCGUAAUUUGGUAUAAAAACAAAUCAAUUGUGUUUAUUUCAAUUAUAAAAAGGAACGUGUUUAUAGUCGUAUAGAUAAUACAUAAAUCAUUUUUUGUUCGAUUCUAGCGCCAUCUAUCAACAGCUAGAAUAAAUGUUAUAAACGACUUUUCAAUCACGGACGUACCUUUUUUUCUGUCACUUCCAACUUACGGCCGGUUUCACAAAGUAAAGUUAACUUGUGGUUAAUAGAUAACCAGAGGUUCACCCAUUAUAAUAUAUUGGGGUGACCUCUGGUUAUCUCUUAACUUGACUUUGUGAAACCGGCCGUUAAUGCGUUAGAAAGAAAUCGAAAACCUGUGACGCACUGAGAGAUGUCUCUAAGAAGGAGCAUAUAAUAUUGUUGUUUGUAUAAAAUAUUUGUACUUACAAUUUUUCAUUUAUAAACCGAUAGUCUCAAAGACACUGACUGAUAUAAUUAAGUAUUUAGAUUAGUUUUUAAAUGUCUAUCUAAUUAAUUAUACAUUUCGGGGAGAGCUAUUAGAAAUAAACAUAUUUAAAUAUCCACACUUUUAUGUAGUAUUUUUGUUGCGAAUAAGCCACAAGUUUACUGUAAAAUUAAGUUUAUAUGACGUUUCGAUUUCCACUUCGGAAAUCGUUCUGAAAAUAGAAAACAAUAAAUGAAACAAAAAUUUGUUUAAUUUAAUUUAAUAACAGAAAUUGUUAUUUAAAAUAUUAUUGGACUAUGUAAUAAUAAUAGUCUCCCGUUUUAUACCGCUAACGCGGCUUUGGGAUUCACAGAUCACCUACCUCCUCUAGAUGUUUCACGAUAACGCUUUGGUUAAAUAUGAAAAAUAGCGCUCCAUGCCGCUUGUAUCGGAAUUAAUGCAAGCGGGAAUUUCAAAAUGUAAUUUUGGUGGGAAGAAAAUGUUAGGUUAAAAUAUUUGUAUAGUUGAAAAAAAAUAAUUUGGUUUUAAAAUAUGCAAAUUAUUUUUAAUUUCAAAUAUACAAAAUACUAUUUGGGAAAAAAUAAGACAUGACAACGUAUUUUUAUUUAUUUAUUUAAUACCAGCAAAACCACUUUGUAUAUACUUUUUUACAAAUCGUAUCUUUACAAAUGAAAUUAUUAAUAGUUAUCUUCCAAAUUGAGUUCCAAAUACUUCUACAAAAGGGUAUCUCAAAUGAUUGAAACAUGUGUGCAUCUCUACUUGUUGAAGGACUUUCAACUAAAACAAAAAAUUAAUAUAAUUGAUUUGAUAAUAACCAUAUUCAUUUCACGUAAAAUAAUUUUUAUUAAUUAUAUAUUUUAAGUAGGGGUUACUUACUUGGUGUUACAUUCGUUUGCUUCCCUACACCACUAACUGUGUUACUUGUUCUCUAAUAACAAAUACUUGUUGAACUCACCAUGCAAAUGUAAGCUAGGAAUUUUAUCUUCCUAGGGAUCUUCAAAUCACAUUCGUUUUGUUUCAAAAACUGUAUUUGAAUCAAUUUUAUCUAAAUCAGGAUUUUUUAUUAUUGCUAACAAUCAGAUAAACAUUUACUGACAUAAAGAUAAAGGCAUACUGACAAUGACAAUGAUAACAAUUGACAAAUUAUAAUGACACUCAGACUCAGUGAUAAAGAAGAAAUCUUCACUCCAGGUGCAUGCCGACAUGUCAAAAAACGUAUCAUUACUAAAAAUGACAUUUAGUUUAGGAUGACCUUGAGAUACCUCCGUGAAACAUCUAAAGAGAAUUAAGUGAUCUGUGUUUGGGAUUAUAGCAGGGUAGUCUGCUAUCUCUAGGGCCUACGGUAUACAAGGAAGGUAACAGGGCAAAUGCUACGGCUUCAUCCGUCUAUUAUUACCCCCGGUUUUACCCAAGGUACUCAUUUUAUUCAGGCUGAGUCGACCUGGGGCCUAUAGACAUUUUUAAAUACGUCUAGAUAUUCUCGCCGGGAUUCGAUCCCCGGCACGCCUGCGUGGAAGUCGGACAUCCUACUGCCUGAGCUAUCCUGGCCCAUUGUACUAUGUAUCGGACUAUUUAAAUAUGUGGCAUUUACUUAAUAAUCCUCCCUUAAAUGUACAUUCUCAGGAAUUUAAAUUUUGCCUUAUUUUUAUAAGUUGUGUAUAAAUGUUACAUAAUAGGUAAGUAUUUUUUCAACUUUGUUUUUUUGGUACUGUUGAACCAAACGUUAUUUAUUUUUGUAGAUUGUAUUUUUUAUACGAUUUUAGAUAUAGUAUGUAAAUAAAGUUUUUUUUAACUCAAUAUUUUGAAUCGUGUUUGUUUUCUUGAAAAGAAUUCCUUAUCUUCACUCGAUGCGGAUAAAAUAUGCAGAAGACAAAAAAGAAGAUUAGGGCGAUUAGGAAACGUAAGUAAGGGCGUUUAUGGUUCUCUCUGAACGAACUAAAAUGUAUGUAAGAUGUUUUCGUUUUACAGCUAAUUCUUUUAUUUUUUGAAUGUUCCAGACAUUGGUCGUUGGGAUAGUCAGGUGGUACAAAAAUAUCGUAUACUUUUGGAUCUAAAAUUACAAAGAAUCAUUGAUGUAAUGAAAUAAAGUAUAUUUUGAAUAAAUAUUAUACACAUGUUAACAAAUAUAAAAUAUAUAUUUUACAGAAAACGUUAUGAUUAAAAGGUUGGAAUGUAGACCACAACCGUAUUAACAAUGUUAGUUAAAAUCGAUCUCUUGAAAUCAAUCGUUCAUUUCUCUACGCCUCACUUCAACGUAUAGUCCCCAGUACAACAUCCUUUUUUGAAAAUGAUUACAAAAGUCUUAAAAAUGGUUUUAACUGCUUCGUUUGAGUGAGUCUACCACUUUCUGAAAAUUUUCGGAGUGUAGGAUAGACACUUUUUCGCACGCACAACACUUAAACCUGUAGCCGCGGUAUCUAACUGCCCCACGAACUACCUGGAUCCAUUAAUCCCAAGUACCUGCUGCCCCAUCGCCGAGAAACUUGGGGAUUAAGUCUUAAUGACCGGAAAUUCCAAAUUUGAUUAUAGUUGAAAGUAAGAAUAUAAAUAUUUUCAGCUAUUCACUUAUAUUCUCAUAUUAAAUUUUUAGUUAUUCUACAAAGAGGGAAGCUGUAGAAGAUACAUGUGAAAGACCUUUAAAGAUUGUCCACAAGGAAUUGAGGAAGGAAAAUUUCAGCAAUUUACCGCUGACGACGAAAGACAUUUCUUGCGUUCGAAGAAAUAUCUAUGCUGCAAGACGAAAAUCCACACCAUCAUUGCCCAAGUCACAGGAAGAAGUUUUACAAGUGUUAGUUAACUUAAA